AGAAAAUUGAAAAAGAAAAGAAGCAUUUAUCUAUAGUGAAAGAGAAGGAAAAGGAAGCAAAUUGAAGUUGUUAUUGAUUGCAAGGGUACAUAUAUUAUCGCAUUUCCCAGUCUCCAACAUAAGAAACAAGGAAGAAAUAAAGGCUUUUAAUUCAUUCCAUGGCAACCAACGAAACUUCACCGUUUGAGACUCGCGAGAUGCUCGCAACGUUCGUCUCGUCCACCCCCUUGUUGUCAGAGUCAUGGAGGCUCUGCAGCAAGGCCAACGCCACCCCCUUUCGGAGCUUCGUCACCGAGCGAGUCGCCGGCGUCGUUUAUGUCGCUUUCUCCGGCGUCCACAUGGCCGGCGGGUCCGACCCCAAUUGGAGAAAUUUGACGGCGUUAGAUAGCAUCGGCGGCGUACCUAUGUUUUCGUCGCGUCGGAACAAGGAAGGAGAGGAGCCGGUGAUGGUUCAUGCUGGGAUGCUCAAUCUCUUCUUCUCCCUCUUCAACUCAUUCCAAAAUCAGAUGUUGGAAAUAGUGGGAAAUACGGAUACUAAAUCAGUUGUCAUCACGGGACAUUCCAUUGGAGGUGCCACUGCCUCUCUAUGCACUCUUUGGCUUCUGUCUUACCUUCAAUCCAUCUCUUCAUCUCUGUCAAUCUUGUGCAUCACCUAUGGAGCACCAUUGCUUGGGAACCAAUCCUUUUCCCAAGCCAUUUUCAAAGAAAGAUGGGGUGGCAACUUCUGCCAUGUGGUAUCAAAGCAUGACAUAAUGCCAAGGUUGCUCUUUGCCCCUAUAACUCCUCUCACUACUCAGCUAAAUAUCCUACUACAGUUUUGGCACUUGUCCAUGACUUCACCCGACUUUGAGAAGCUUGAAUUUCAAAUAUCUGACAAAGAGAAAGCCAAAUUGUUCACUGCUGUGAUGGAUUACUUGGAAGCAGUAACACAAGAUGGAGAAACAUCAGUGCCAAUUUUAUUUCACCCUUUCGGGAAUUACUUUUUUGUUUCAGAAGAUGGAGCAGUAUGUGUGGAUAAUCCAGCUGCAAUCGUAAAGAUGAUGCACUUGAUGCUUGCAACUGGUUCUCCAACUAGUAGCAUUGAGGACCAUCUGAAGUAUGGAGACUAUGUUAAUAAAAUGUCUUCACAAAUAUUGAAUCAGAGAGACACUAUGCAGAAGAACAUUCCUGACUCAAGCUAUGAAGCAGGGCUUGAGUUGGCCAUCCAGUCUUCUGGCAUAGCGAGCCAGGAAUCAGCUAUUAAAUCCGCCAAGGAAUGUUUAAAGACAACAAGGAGAAUGGGUCCUUCACCAACUCAGAAUGCUGCAAGCCUAGCAGUUAGCUUAUCCAAGGUUGUACCUUAUAGAGCCCAAAUCGAAUGGUACAAAACUUGGUGCGAUGAGCAAGACGAUCAAAUGGGGUACUACGAUUCAUUCAAGAGCAGAGAUUCUUCCAGUUCAAAAAGGGACAUGAAAGUCAACAUGAAUCGUUGCAAACUCGCCAAGUUUUGGAACAACGUUAUUGACAUGUUGGAAAGAAGUGAUCUGCCUCAUGAUUUUGACAAACGAGCCAAGUGGGUCAACACUUCACACUUCUAUAAACUAUUGGUUGAGCCACUAGACAUUGCUGAAUAUUAUGGGAAAGGGAUGCAUAGAACCAAGGGCCAUUACAUGCAACAUGGUAGAGAGAGAAGGUAUGAGAUUUUUGAUAGGUGGUGGAAGGAUAGAAGGGUAACUAGUGGUGAAGAAAACAAGGAGAGAAGUAAGUUUGCAAGUUUGACACAAGAUUCAUGCUUUUGGGCUAGAGUAGAAGAAGCAAGGGACUGGUUGAAUUGUGUUAGAAGUGAGAGAGAUACUAACAAGUUGGCUUUGUUGUGGGAUAAGAUUGAAAAUUUUGAGAAGUAUGCUAUGAAACUAAUUGAAGAUAAGGAGGUGUCUUGUGACGUUCUAGCUAAGAAUUCUAGUUAUAGUUUGUGGGUAGAGGAUUUAAGAGAAUUGAAGCAAUUGAAAGCAAAGGUUAAGAGGUUUCCCCAUCAGUUUACUGGUUUUCUAGAUGGGGAAGUAGUUCCUUAGUACGUAAUUUUGAGUCAAUAAGCUUAACCCAUUGUAAGCAUACCAUGUAUUAUAUAACUGCUCCUUUUGCAAAAUAACUCGUUUUGCUUUUUGAGUUAUGACUUUUUAUUGCAUUAGAAUUUUACUUAAAAUUUAG